AUGCGAAACAAAAACACAGGCAACCGACGCACAGCCAGCGUACGCUCGGUGGGAUAUAGCGACCUCUUCGUCCUGAGCAAGAAGGACAUGUGGGACGUGCUGAAGGAGUAUCCGGCGGCGCGUGUUCGUCUGGAGUCGAUAGCCGUCAAGCGAUUGGAGAAGUACAAGAAGGCACCGCUGGAGAAAGUUGCCAUGGGUCGCUGCCAAUCGACGCCGGGCCUACUCCAGCAGCAGCAUCAGGCGGCCCAGCAGCAGCAGCAACAGCAUCUGCCACAUCGGCAAGAGUCCACGCAACAAUCCUCUCAGUCGCAUGGUUACAGCCCCCGCAGCUAUGCCGACCGCCUGGCCAGGGCCACCGACUCCCCCAGAUCGGUUAGCCCCAGUGCCCACGGGUCCGAGGAGCGACCACGAAGUAGAGCCACCUCGCACCACUCAAUAAGACCCCAAUCGCAGCCGAGUCACACGGGUCACAUCUGCGACUCCAGUCUGCAGCUAGAGUGCUAUGGAGCAGGCGUAGGGGGAGCCGGUGGCGGAACCACACCACUCCUGGGCUCCCAUGAAGCUCUCGAGGAUGAGAUCAAGCGGCUGAGGGAACGCCUGCAUACAGUGGAAUCAGAGAAUCAGGCUCUGAAUACAAAACUAUCGCAGCAACAGUGGGAUCUGGAGAAUCGACUGGCCGAGAUCGAGAUGCAGAUCUGCGGCGUGUCGUCCACAUCGAGCGUGGAUCCUGAGAAUGAGACCGAGGAACUGGAACGGAACAGAGAGAGUAUCAUAUAACACGGGAGCGUGCUGCCCCAUCAGGCGAUCGGAGCAGCAGCAGCUAUACAGCGGCAGGAGGAACUGGCUGGGGACCGAGAGAUGCCGAUGCCGAUGCCGAUGGCGAUGCAGGAUCAGAGGAGACCACUCGAAUCAGAGACAGGGACUCAGACCUGUGCCAAGUACUGCUCGCUUUAGGGCACAGGAACGAGGAGAGAGAUAGAGAGGGGAGGAUGCAGAGAGGUGAUGGCCAGAUAUGUACCCCCAAGAUGUGCAAUUAAUAUCUCUUAUGAUCAAGCGACACCAAAAGAAAAUAUCCAACAAAAUAAAGGUGGCACUGCCAAUGGAAAAUUUGUUUAAAAAAAGCGCCAAAGCCCAUGUGUAAAUAUAUAUAGAGAGAUGGAAAACCUCUCAGAUCAAAAGAACAUAGUAAAUGUAAUGGGAUGAGUUGGGCGGCGCCAGAGAUCGGAAGAGCUUUAAUAGACAUUCCGAGAGAGAACUUUUCCCAAAAAGCAAAAACACAACUUGUAACCCUAAACACACUAACACUUUUUCAAAACUAAAAAACAAAAAUCAGAAAUAGAUUCGAGAUUUAUAUAGGAAACAUCAUUAGGCCUAGACGCUCUUCGCUCCUUUUUAAAACAAAAAUUGGUUACUCAACCAAAACACGAAACGGGUACUCGAGAUCCCAUUGUAAAUAAUUUCGCUCUAGAAACACUCCAAUUAGCAUAACCCAACUCUAGAGAUCAUCUGAAGAAAUAGCUAAAACAAAAUUACUUUAACUCAUGAGUGUAACAAAUGAAUACAUAUAUAUAUCUAUUGUAAUAUUUGCUAAUUGUAAUUCGAAAACAUGAAAAUUUACUAGAUGUGUAUAUGGGAAACGAUUUACUUUAAAACUGAAAAUAAUGCAUAAACAAUUUAUGGACAACUAAGUGAAUAUUUGCAAAAUAUUUGUACUAUUGGAAAAGAACUGCCAGAGCAUACACCACACACUCGAAAAAAACAAAAAACAAAAACUAUAUUAAUAAUUAUGAGGAUGAAUGAAAACUCAAAGGAUAAAGCUAUAAAUAUUAAACUAUUAUUAAAAACCCAAUAUAAAUGAGUAGAUCAGUCAAAAGGAAACCACUUUUAAUGCAAUAUUAUAUUGUACUGCUGUCGUAUAUGGUCGUAUAUCUAAAUGAUAUAUAUAUACAUAUACGUAUAUAUGUAUAUAUAUAUAUGAUAUGGUAAAAGUUUAAAGGUCUAAAUGUAUUUAACUUUAGUUAGUUGCCAAACAAAAAAAAGGAAAAGAAAACCAAUGCUGAAGAUUGUAGUUGAGAAAAGGAAAAAAACACAGAUUAAUUAAUUAAUUAAGGCCAGUGAGGGUUCUGUAGCAGAACACAGAACGCAGUUCAAGAAUCCCCAUAAUAUGGGGCAGCUGCGGCAAGAAGAAUGAAUUAGUUUAGCCAGUAACUCUAGUUAUACCUAGUUAUACCAUUAGAUGUGUACCAGAGAAGACCAAAAAAACCAAAAACCAGAGAUCCAAUCGCGAUCGUUUAUGAAAAUUGUUCAGUGUCAACUCCAAGGAAAAACAGAAGAGAUAAACAUUUAAAAAACCAGAACCUGGGUUGAUAAGGAAAUCUAAUAAUUAUAUAGCUAAAUCGAAUAAGAUUCUUAACUUUACAGAACGAAAGAGCACGGAUACGUUUGAGUAUCUGCCGAAGGAAACGGAAACUUGAAACUGGAACGAAACUCAUUUCAUGCCAACAAAAAAGAAAGAAAAACUAAAAAAUUAACAAAGCCAAAAACUUGAACUCAAAUUUUGUUAGAAUUCUCCUUAGAUUUUCGUCAACGAGAUAUAUACAUAAUUAAUUUUCGAUUUUCUAGUGAGCAACAAAUAGAAGGAAAUUCCUCUUCUUUUUCCACAUUUUUCAACCUAAUUACUUUUCGAAAUUAUCAUAUAACGGAUUAAUUAACAAAUUAAUUAAUAAUUACAAUAAACAUCAAAAUGGGGUUUCAUCUAAGACAAAGGCUUAUACCAGGGGCAAGAGGAUAGCGUUAAAUGAAAGCUAACGCCGCAAAACUUGUCAGGAUUUAUCGCGGAGUUUUUUGGGUUCUUUAGUUAGCCAAAAGUUAAAGUUGAAUAUAAAUAACUAAAUUAAAUUUAAUUAAAUUUGUAUGGCUUAUUAGCACGCUUACCGGCCACAGCAGGACGCUCUGUCGUUCGUUAGAUUCAUUAUUCCCUCUGAUUUCUCCAAGUGUUUUCCGUUAGAGCGCAUGUGUAUAGACAUAUAUAUAAAUAUAUAUCUAUUUGUUAUAUUGAACGUAUAAUACAAGGAACUACAUCGAUUCGGUUGUGUUGUUGAUGUUGAUGAUGGUGGAGUUUGAAUGGCUUACAUAAUGAUAGGUUUUUACAUUAUUUUAUGCAUUGCAAUCUAUAUGAAAGAAAACAA